UUCUGCAUCUGUCCGAUUCUUUGCUCGUCCGGAGACUUCGCCCUGUGCUCUCUCUCUUUCUGAUCAUAUACCCAUUCACGAAUCCAACCUCCGACAUGUCCAGACCUUCUCGAAUCGAGCACGAAGACGACGGCCGGAACUGACGUUCGCGUACAUCCUCUUCUACGAUCCAAAUCGUUUUUCUACCACGACAGAGUGAUAGCGUUCGUCCCAAAGAGCUUUAUUCCGCUCGCUGGGAAGCUCCGCGAUCAAUCCCACCACGUCAAUUGCAUCCCAAGCUCGAUACAGCAGAUCUCUAGCUAACGACCGACCGAUUUCAUCAACAAUAUUCGAGAAGUGAGUUAAAAGUGUUUUUUCGGGGCAAAAGCAGCCCGGCAAGCGAAGAAGCUCCGGGACCAAAGCAACAGGAAGAAGAUAUGGGCCCGAUGCCGGAGGCUUCAGGAUCAGGAGUAGCCGACGAGUCGGAUUACUCGACUUUCGAGAAUAAAACCGGCCUGGCCGAAGACAUGAAGUUCUUGGCGAGUAUGCCGGAACUCUGCGACGUGACAUUCCUCGUCGGUGAUACCAGAGAGCCCGUUUGCGCUGUGAAGGCUGUGCUUGCGGCCAGGAGCAGAGUCUUUCAUAAAAUGUUAUAUCAAACUCCGAGUCCGCAACGCAAAAAAGAACCGCCGGCGCGAGAGAACAAGAUUCGACUUUUCCUCAAGCGUAGCUCCGAGCCGUUGUUGAAUUUGCAGAACGCAGCACAACAGCGGUCAGGGUUCACGCAGCAACUGGCCCCCAUCCAAGAGCCGCAAUCAAAUCAGCAUCACACGCUGAUUAUCGAGGAAUUCGAGCCCGAUGUCUUCCGGCAGCUGAUCGAAUACAUUCACACGGGAUGUGUGACAUUACAGCCUAGGACUUUGCUUGGUGUUAUGAAUGCCGCCGAUUAUUACGGAUUGGACGAGCUUAGACGAGCCUGCGCUGGUUUCGUUCAAUGCUGUAUAACCGUCGAUACGGUCUGCGCUUUGUUAGCAUCAGCAGAGCGUUAUAUUCAGUAUAAAUGCACGAAAUCUUUGGUACAAAAGGUAUUGGAAUUUGUCGACGAACACGGCAACGAAGUAUUGAAUCUGGGGUCCUUCACAUUACUGCCGCAACACGUUGUCCGAUUAAUACUUGCCAGAGAAGAACUACGUGCAGAUGAAUUUACGAAAUUUCAAGCGGCGCUAAUGUGGAGUAAAAAAUAUUGCGACAACAAUCAAAAUACACCGUUGAAAGACGUGAUAGGCAACUUUAUCGAGUACAUCCAGUUUCACAAGAUCCCAGCAACUGUACUGAUGCAAGAGGUGAACCCGUUGGGAUUGGUUCCACCGGAAAUCAUCAUGAACGCACUGGCCUAUCAGGCAGACCCAACCAGUGUCGACCCCAGGAAACUCUCCCCCCACAGAGUGAGAAGGCAGGGUCGCAGUAUGUCGGUCCAGUCGUCGCUGGAUCCGUACGGCAGCAACACGACCUUGAGCUCGAGCGGCUCCGACGCCGGAUCGGAUCAGAAACAGCACUCUGGUAGCAACUAACCUCUGGCCACGGCCGCAUUAAUCGCGGCCGUUUCGGACGAGCCUCGACGAAACGAGGAUAUUUGCGGCCCCGACGAAGAAGCGGCGCCGACAGACGAUAUUGUCGCACGGGGGAAGGAGCAAAAGGAGUCUCAGCUUCAGGUACAGGUCCAGGUGGAGCAGGAGCCACGAUCGCAAGAAUCGCAGCAUCAGCAGGAACAGAAGCAGGAAGAUGCGCAGUUGCAGCGAAAAGAGCCGGGUCAUCUGCAACAGCAAGUACGUCAGAAGAUCGAGAAGGACAGGGAACAACGGAAGCUUCAACAGGAGCAACAGCAACUGCAGCGUAAACUGGAGCAGGGAGAGCAGGAGCUGCGACAGAAGAUGGAACAGGAUGAACAGCAACUGCAACGUAAAUUAGAGCGAGAAGAGAAGGCGUUGCAGCAAAAACUGGAACAAGAAGAGCAACAGUUGCAACGGAAGCUGGACGAAGACGAGCAUAAAUUGCGAAGAAAGCUUGAGCAAGAGCGGGAAGAGCAGCCGAAGAAAAAAGACGAGGAAGACCAACAACAUCCAUUGAAAGAUGAAGAAGAUGAUAAGCAGUCGCAAGAACAGAAAGAUACCGAGCGAUUGCGUAAACAGGAAGAGGAAACGCGUGAAGAAGACUCGUUUGCGGAGCAGACACAGGGAAAAAUGGAGACGCCAGCGCAACAAGAAGAGGAUGGAAAGAUGCAACGACGAAAGGAGGAAUCGCAGCAACAGCAACCGCAGCAGGAGCAGCCAGGAGUUCGAUCGCUCGAGGCGGUGGGUGGACUUUACAUCAGGAUAGUGCUGAGGCACGAGGGCCGCGCGAAUCUAGUCUGGCUGUACAAAACGCACAUAUUCUAAAUUCCGAUGAUUCGUUUCGUCGCUUUCGUCUGGAUGUUUCGAACGACCUUGCGUCUAUACGGCUCUACGAUUUCUCCAUCCAUGUUGAAAGAUAUAUAUUGAGGCGCGUCAGCGGCUCCGCGGAGUUAUCUUUUAUGUCUUAGGGAAACAUCGACGUGUGUUAAUCCUUUAACGUUCUAAUGCCGACGCAGAAGCGCGCGUGCACUACCAAAAACAUCGUUGCGUAUAUACAUUCAGCUGUUUCUCCAUUUCCACGAGGCAAGUGAUGCUUUAUGUUAUCAGGAUGUCGCGUGUUUGGCCGUGGAGAUGAGCGUCGGCUACAUUUCUAGAUAUGUAAUAAAUCGAGAGAUUCCAUAUUAGGCUCGAUUGUCCACCAGUCGUGGGAAUAUGACAAUCGCGCUUGUAUUAUUAUUGUUGCGAGAGAAAAAAUAUGUAUAUCUGUUAAACGUAAAAAAUGUGCAAAAAUGCGUAAAUAUGUGCAAUGUAAACAAAAAUGCAUCCGUUGCUUCGUUCGUCACGCUUUCUCUAUCGUUGACAGGCACUCGAUAGUAUCGUUCAAUCAAAUCGGAUGCAUCAUCGCGAGAAAAUAAAUUAAUGAAGAGAUAUCUCUGGGAUGAGAUAUACAUAUAUG